AAAGAGCUUUCCACAGCUCCCACCAGUAAGUACGACCCGACGCAACCCUCAACUUUAGUCUUUAGCGAGCGAGAGUGAGAGAGACGCACAUUUGGUUCGUAUGGCGAACGCAGCGGAGGCGGAGGCGGUGGACUUCGAGCCGGAGGAUGACGACCUGAUGGACGAGGAUGGGGGCGUGGACGCCGCUGACGCCUCAGCCUCGCCGAGGGCUCCGCUCCCGAAGCUCAAGUCCGCCAUCACUGGCGGUGCGUCCUCCUCCGCCGCAGCCACCGCCUCCAGAAAGAUCAAGGGCCGUGGCUUCCGCCAGGACCAUCCCGACACUGUGGACCGCUCCGCCCGGCUCGCCGCUUCCAACUUCGACUCACUCAAGUCCCCCGACGGUCCUGGUCCCCAGCGAUCCAUCGAAGGAUGGAUUAUUCUGGCCACUGGGAUACAUGAAGAGGCACAAGAGGACGAUCUGCAAAAUGCUUUUGGUGAGUUUGGGGAGAUCAGGAACUUGCAUCUAAAUCUUGAUCGCCGGACUGGGUUUGUGAAGGGAUAUGCCCUAAUUGAAUAUGAGAACUUUGAGGAAGCACAGAAUGCAAUAUCCUCAAUGAAUGGAGCUGAAUUUCUUACGCAAACUCUCACUGUUGACUGGGCCUUCAGCAGCGGAUCCUCAGCUAAUGGAGCAAUGAAAAGAAAGAAUACAAGGCCACCUCGAGAACGUCGCUCAAGGAGUCCAAGGAGGAGAUACUAGUGUGGCAUGUAUUGUUCUUUCAUGAGGAUUCGGGAAUUAGCUAUGAGGGGACCUUAAUGUUUAUGUUGAUGCUUUGAUUAACUCCUUUUAUAGAUUUUGUGUUCCCCAAGGACUUCACAUUUCGCCCUUGUGUGGUGUUUUUACUCAUGAUGGUUUACCUUGAUUAUUAAUUGUAGUGAUAUGUGUUUUUAAUACUCUAA